AUGACAAUCAUCGAGAACUCCGUCAGUCAAAAAAAACUUUGUAUUUAUGUUUGUUCAGUAACCGUAGAAACAUCAACAACAGUUAAAACACAAAAAUCAACAGCACUUCUACAUGAUAUAUCAUAUCCGUUUUAUCAAAGUACAUUACAACUGAAUUCAGAAUUUUACAUUUUAAUUCCCACACUUAUCGUAAAUGGCUUCAAGAAGGUUACAUUUUUGAAUCACGCGCCUCGCAGCGUUAAUGCAAAUCAUACAACAUACGCACGCACACACAUGUACGCAACAUUAGCAAAUAUCUCAUUAUUUACUUUAUGUCGAGCACUUUAUCAUCAACAUCAUCAUGAUUCCAUCAUCCCUUCAGAUUCAACAUGA